AUGUCUUCACUUUCUCAAGCUAUCAUACAAGCCCCUCCGAAAGACGGAGAAAACCCUGCUAAUCAAUUCAGGGAGUAUCUCGAGAGACAGUCUCGUAAAGUGAAAGAUCGAAGGAAAGAGACUCUCCAGUCAUUUGCGAGCCAAACAGCAACGGAAACGCAACAUGCUGGAUUCAUUCCUACUUCUGGACAAUGCGAGUAUCAUAACUCCGACGAUCCUUUCCCCUAUACCAGUACCGAUCCUAACCAAAGUCAAAUCACUUAUCAACCCGUUAUCUCGACUUUCCCCUAUAUUCCCCAAUCACACUGUGUUGCACUAACAAGUCAACAUUCCGGAUUGAAUCCUGAGGUCAAUGUCGACACCACUCCUGAUAUAUCUGUAUCAGCCCUGAACCUAAAUUCAACCAAUGCUCACACUGAUGAUCUCACACCCAUGCUCACGCCUUCCCGGCCCCUGACGGCAUUCCGUCCAGGAUCCUCCAUCGUAGGUCAUCAAGUUCUAACCCAGAACCAAACUCAACCACAAAAAAUCUAUCUACAUUCAGGUCUUUAUCCCGAUGAUCCCCCUGGAUUUGACUCAGACUCUGGAUCUGGAUCAGAUGCGAAAAAUGGAAUCACCCAAAUUGUAUAUCCACAGAGUUACGAUAUAACCAUUUCAGCCAAAUAUCCUGGUGAUUUAGUGGAUCCUUCUCAUCAAAUGGUUAUUAGUCCGUAUUGCACUAGAACUUACAGUGGGGUUAGUAUGGAAAAUACUGCCAUGAUUGAGAGUUAUCUUAGGGAGUCACACGGGUCUAAGAACGAGUGA